AUGGUCGGUGAUACGCGACAAUUCCUCGAUACGCGAGCCAGGAAGGCUCCGAACCGCCAGUCACGAUCCUGCAAGGUCUGCCGGCUCCGCAAAGUCAAGGUCCGUAUCGUGCUCAGAUCGCCUAGUGCCGGCCCUUUCACCCAUCCCAUGCGUCUUGUCCCACUCACUGGUAAUGUAUCAUCCAUAAUUCUGACGUCCCUGUUAUGCGUCUAUGAGAACUUCCCCGAUGAAGAAGCUCGCCCUAUCAGUCAAGCGGAGGAGAUCCGGAAUUUGCGGGCGGAAAUCCGAGACCUGCGAUCGAGGAUAGAUGACAAACAUGAUGGAGAUGGGGCCCAAGAUCUCCAACGGCUGGAUCGGCUCGAGAGCUUAUUUGAGUCUAUUCGAUCCGCCCCCAUACAGACUGUCGAUGAUAUUGUUCGCGAUGUUCGGGCCGCACAUGCCGGUUUAAAAAAAAACCUGGUUCCUGUUGGACCGUGGGAAGGAAGGGAAUCCUAUGAAUCCUAUGAGUACCCUUCGCCCGCGUCGUCUACUCUGCCUAUUCGAAGGCGUUUACUGCUCAAUUCUCCAGCAGAGGAUUUCAAUAGUUUGCCGGUCGAGGAUGAUGAUGACGACGACAGCGCUUUGGAGCGGAUGUCGGUGGAUAGCGGCAGUGGUUCCGACUCAUCUGGAACAAUCUCGGUGAUGAACUCGCAACGACCAACUAUUGAUGUGUUUGUCGAGAGAUUUGUGGAUGCAUUCAGCCCUGAAGUGGACAUGAAGUCUGGACGUGCAGGUGCAUUGCGAGCUGCCGCAGAGAUUCGAAUGUUUUCACCACUCAUUACCGAUGCGUUCGAGGCUGUCUCGGUGGCCUUCUUUGGCCGUUCCGUUCAGAACAAACAGAUUGAGGCAUCUGGGUUUCGACUUUACCCACGGGUGCUACGUGGGUUACAAGAUGCGUUGGUAGACCCUGAAAAGUGUAAAUCAGAGUCAACCUUGGUCACUGUGAUUCUGUUGCUCGCAUUUGAGAGUGUUGAACGCACUACUCAAAGCGGCGUCUCAGCUCACGUUCGAGGAGCAGUACGCUUGAUCGAGCACCGUGGGCCAGAAAACCACAUGUACGGAGUUGAGCAUCUUCUGUUCGCAGAGCUCCGUCCAUACUGGAUUGCUGGUGCUUUGGCUGCUCGACAACCCUCAUUCCUGGCUCGUGAAGAGUGGAAAACCAUCCCAUGGUCGGCAGGAACGACCAAAAAGGAUAUUCUUCACCAUUUGCUUGACCUUGCAGCCGAGAUUCCUGGUUAUCUCGCACUCUCCGAUGCUUACAAAGAAGCACAAGUAACGUCCGUGAUGGGUGCACAGGAGAUGGUUGUCAAACAGUCUACAAUUUGGAACGGUAUAGCUGAGCUCACAGCCAAAUUCCACCAAUGGUACCAAGAAUGGGUAGUGACAUAUCCUGACGGAGCACCGCAAGAAGUCGAACAAUUAGCCGAUCAAGGAUUCCCCGUCUUCCAACGCCGUGAUCUCCGCACUGGGGCUACUUUUACCCCAACGCGAUACUCCUAUCCAAACCUCCUCUUGGCACAGACCAUGUGUCUCUACUACGCCUUUCGGCUCGUUUUGUCCUCGGUUGACUCCCGGCCCCACGAUCGUGUCUCACCUAUGGAGCAGUACGACUUGGGAUGCGGAAUCUGCCGCACACUCGAAUUUUAUAUCCUCACUGCCCCAGGCAACAUGAUUAAUCGUCUUGCGUUCCCUACACGGGUGGCAUGGGAGGCAUUUCCCGAUGGUGGCCCAGAGCGUCGGUUCAUGGUCGAAGUGCUGCAGCUAGUUGAAAAACGCCAUUCACUAGGACUAUGGGGCAGCGCCAUGCCCGAAUUAUCUACACGACAAUCUUCACCAUUAAACACGGGUAGUCCGUAA